AUGGAUGUUUGGAGCAGGAUAAAGAUUGACGAAGCAGUUGGUUCAGCAAAGCUAAGGAAAUUGCAGAAGAUUGGUGACACUAUAUGGUGGCCUAAGCAGGCAGCAUUAGAAACAAUUUUUUGUCCGUAUAACAAUAAAAAAAGGAACAUAUUUUGUCAUGCUAAAGGUACCGAAUGAUAGUGUGAAUCUGCCCACAUACAAUGCAAAGGCAUCUAUUGAAACCUCGACGUUGCUUGAAAAAUGGUUACAAUUCAGUAACAUUUUAACUGCGUAUUUUCUACUUCUUGUGCGUAGUAAUUUACGACAAGCAUCCGAUUACUUGCAAACAAGUGGUUUGGAUUACCUUAGUGCUUGGAACAUGGUGCAGUCAUCAAAAGACGAGAUACACAGAAUCUCAUAUGACACCACUGUAUGAAGCAUCAAUUAAUUUUACCCAGUCAAUGAAUGUCAAACUGGCUGAAGACGAUCUUGACAACAUUAAAGUUGAAUCGAAACUAGAAGAUUCAAGAGUAAUGGAGAGCAAGCAUCUGAUAUGCUAGCCGAGGAUCCAAUUGUGCGGUUUCGUGCAAACGUUUUCAGACGAGUAGUUGACCAGAUUACGACUAGUAUUGACCAAUGCUUUAGUCAAAACGGUCAACUGAUUAAAGAUACAGCAUAUCUUGAUCCACGACGUUUUGAUGAAAUAGUCUUGUCUGGAGUUUCUGAAAACAGCCUUACUAAAGUUGCUAAGAUAACUGGCAUUGCCACCAUGACCAGUACCAAUGAGGAGAAGAGCAGUGAAGAGGAGAGCAGUGAUAAUGAAGACGGUGGUGUCAGCAAGAAUCCAAUACUAAGAAAUCGAAAUGCUGCUCGCAAAGGAAACUGUAAAAAGCGUCUUGCUUGCUGUCACAAAAUCCUCUUCAAGUACUCACUCAUCACUUCAGCUCUAACAAAUUUGUUUGUUGUGUACGAACAUUUGUUGACAUUGUCAUUUACGCAAGUUAACUGUGAAUGGGCAUUUAGCAAGUUGAAACAAAUAACGCCCCCUUUCUGA